AUGGCAAAUAUCUCAGUUAAGAAGCUGAGCCUAGUUGAUGGAGCCGAAGAGCUCGACUUGCCAGAUGAGGCCGCGGUGAUUCUCGAUGAUCUACGUAAUGAGAUCCGAGGGAUUACUCCGAUUGUAAAACAACAAGGAGUAAAGAUCCUCUACUCAUAUGGCACUCCCGAAUCGUGUGGGAAGCUCUCUUCCGCAAUUGGCCGCCACAAGGCCCAGGAAAUCAAAAAAUUCUAUCUACUGUGCGAUUAA